AUGGAAGCCAAUGCGCGACUCGAGACACGAUUGUUGCACGCGUUGAACAAGUUCAUCGCGCUCGUGGGUGCGGGAGACAGCGGAAGCGGUGGCGGUGGUGCUUGCAGCGCCCGCUGGAAAGUCGUGGCCAAUUUCCUACGUCUGCAUAUCCUGUCGCAUUUGCGACAGUUGCAGUCGGCAAGUGUCGCAGGCGGUGAACGCGACGUGCUGACUCAGUGGUGGGUGACGCUGCUCAAUUUCUUGGCCAGCGAUUCCGGCGCGGACGACGACGCGGACUCGUGCGAAGGCGGUUCGCCUUACGGCGAACCGCUCGCGAUAGAAGUCGUCUCGGUCGCUCUGGAAUGCAUAAGUCGCAUUGUCGCCGCUGCGGCGGUCGUUCCGCAGCCCGACAACACCCACCUGCGCGACCUCGACGUCUACGCCUACCAUUUGCAUCUCACAGUGCAUUUCGUGACCAACAAACUCAUCGCAAACACCAAGAAACGCAAGUUUCUGCAAAAACGGAUGCAGCAGGACACUGCCGCGCCUGCUGCUCUCAACUACAUCAGCGCCUACAACUCUCUGCUCAACCUUUUCAUGGGGAAGCUCAUGGCAUAUGCAUUUUUCUAUUUGGAUCCAAGCUUACGCUACGAUUUCCUAAUCCUCAGAGCCCUCGAACCCCGCGUCGCGUGUACGGCCGGUCGGUACCCGAUCGCGCCCUGGAAGGAUCUCCAAUUCAGCUUGUCGGAGCUUGAGACCGAGCCCGAGACCGAGACCGAGACAAAACCCUUUCUACCGGCAAGCCCGAACCCAAAAAUUUAUCAGGUUAUGGUCUCGUACUUGAGGAACGACAACGUUUUUUUGGCAUUUUACUGGCAUUACUGGUACAUCGCUUUGACAUUGCUAAACAAGAACGCACAGCAGCAACUCGUGGUUUCCGACGUUCCAGGCGGAGACGUCCUGCUCAAACAUGUACGACUGUUUCUCGAAGCCGACCUUCAGGCGUACGCUCGGUUCGUCAAGGCCCAAGAGCCCGACAUGUUCCAAUGGACCAAGCCCCAGACCAGCAAUGUCAACUCCAGUUCCGAAGCACUCAGAAACAACUUUAUUUUUGUCAAUUUCAAGACCAUCAAGCUAUGGGAAUGUCUCAGAACUCUGGUUGGUUGUACGGAUUCUCAAUUCCCCGCUUUGACGCACCAGCUUAUACAGCUGCAUGACUUGCAACAGCUCGAAAGUCUCGGUGCCGUUCCCGCGUACGACCACAUGACUGCGAACCUCGCCUUCAACAAAAUCAUACAAUUUAUCGUGUUCCAAUUCGAAUCUACCCUUCCAAAGUAUUUGUCGGAUAUCCAUUGGGCGAAGUGGGUCGCGGGUGUCAUCGGGAUGCUGAAAACUUUGAACGUGAACUGUCAAACAGUGGGCCUUACAUUUCUCUUUAACAUUUGGAAAUUUAUCCCCAACGAGACUUAUUUGAAGCAGGAAUUGGCACACACUAUAAUCAGUGAACUUUGGGAGCCUUUUACCAUUGACUGCGAUUUCGAUUCAGUAAGAAUUUUGUUUAUGAAACUGGCCGUCUUUCAAAUAAUGCAAGAUCGAUCAAGUCCGGUGAUGUCCCUUCUAGCUUCUAGGAUAACAGACGUUUACAACGAGGCUGUACAUUUGGCAAACUUAGGAAUAACUGUGGAUCUUCGAAACUCCGCGCAAGACAGCCUCAUAUUCCAUGGGAAUAAAAAGCUGGUACUGAUGAGGGCGGUUUGCACAGAUGAGGACUCUCUCAUCUUUGGCAAUGAUCAUACCAAGAAUGACAGGAAAAAGGUUCUAUUCCCACAAGUCCUAUCUGUGGCUGGAGUUCGCCCUUUGGUGGUUUUAAAUCGCGGGUCGUAUGCGUUUGACGUUUUGGAUCAAAUGGUACUUCGAGCUGCAAAGGCCGCGGCGGUUAAAAAGAAAGCGCGUCUUCAAUCAAAUAAAGUUUCCAGAAGUUCAAGCUUUAGCGUUGAUGAUGGCGUUGAAGGUAGGAAUAUCGAGGACCGCGGUAAUUCACUUUCCACCGCUUUCAGCUCCCUAAUGUCCAAAUUCAGUCAAAUCCAGUCGCAAACUAAACCUACCUCGGCAUCUGGUAAAGACGUCAGAUCCUCGGGUUUACGGAAACCUAGCUCGUCCUCACUCUAUAGUAGUGAAACCAGAAUGGAUGCGGAGCCUUCAGAAAUAUUCUCAAUGCAUUCGAAUUUAUCUAGAGUGUCCUCUCUUUCUGUCGACAAGAGCACCUCAUCAUUGGACCUUCACAAGCAACCUUCGAACUCGCCUAACACUUCAGAGCAGUCUGUAUCCAAGUCCAGACAAGCAUCAGCAAAGGAUUCGGGCAAUAAAGCCGCGAAGCAGAGACACAAGUUAUUGGCUCCACCAGAGCUCAAAUUUUCAGGAAACUUAAAUCACGUAUCGCUUCCAGUCUGGACAUUCUGUCUUAUGACCGCCCCUCCGCAUAGUGACAAUGCCUCCGCGCUAGCAAGGAUCCAAAGUGCUAACGCAAAAUGGGGCGUUGUCACGGCUCGCAAUUAUGACAAGCCCCUUCCUCCUACACGGGGGCAGGGCAGUAGCGCUUCAACGCCUGAGACUGAAAUUGAUCUCCAAAGUCUGCAAAUGUUACUGAAUGAUACGGUUGUAGAUGAUAAGAAUUUAGUCGGGGGUCAGCCAGACUUAUUUGAACACCAUCAUGCGGUUCCAGAGCCUCUGGUGGAGAAUAUCAGCUCAAUGAACUCGGUCAGCAAUGUCUCUGAUGAUGCCACAUUAACAAAGGGUAAACCACCAUCGAUAGAAAAGGAAACAGAUCUCGACGAUAAGUGCCUGGUGGGCUCGAUACCUAAAGCGAACCACUCCAAAAAAAUGCUGCUACAAACGAGACUAAACAAGCUAACUCGUGUUAUCGAAGUUUUUAACGCUACAGUGUUAGAAUUUCAGAGUUUUAUGGACCUUCAGCUUCAAGACGACGUAACGAAUAUUUUUAUGAAUUUCGAGCUCAAUAUACCGAAGAGUUCCCAGGUCGAUGCCAAGUUUUCUGCUGACGCAGAAACAGAGUAUUUGUAA